AUGCUAGAUACAGCAGAAAACAAAAAGAUUAUUCGUAAACAGACCAUUCUUUGUAAGCAUCAUGUUAACCUUUCACGUCCUUUAAAAGAUAACCCUGGUUCUCAUGUCUUUAUCACUACUUUAGAGGAUAAAUUUCUUGUUACCAAAUAUCAUCUUGGUGCAACUAUGAUAAGGUGUAUUUUGAAAAAGAAGUUUUCUUCCUACUCUAUAUUUUCUAAGAAUCUUUAUGUUGAAAUUCAACGAUAUCAUCCAUCAUAUUAUAUAAUUAAAAAAGAUGCAUCACAAUUUUAUAGAGAAUUAUUAUCAAAACAACGAGAAGACUUCGAUGAUAACAUGCAAUCUUGUAUUAUUGCUCAAGCUUUUGUUAGUAAUGAAGUAGCUAAAACUUAUCAAUGGCUCCUUCAGAUGACUAAAAAAACAACCAACAAUAAGUGUUCUAGUGUAUUUGUGACUAAUGCUGAUCUGACAAUGAAAUGUGCUAAACAAGAUAUUCCUUCUGCAAGAAGUGUUAUUACUGUUUUUCCUGCUAGCCCUUUAUCGGUUGAAGAGGUUGAAUCACCUACUUCCUAUGAACUUUCACAAAGUAAAGAUGUAGAUGAUGAGCUAGAUGCUGUUAUUUUAAGCACUAAGUUUUUAAUGGAUCAAUUAAACCAUAGCAUAAUCAAAGAAAUCUGA